AACUGUUAGAAAUUUCCUGCUGUUAAAGAACGUGGUUCUGAGUUUAAGGAGUAUAUUUAUAUUUAAAAAUUAAAUCAAAAUGCCUCCCAGUAAUGCCUCAACGAAAGCUUCCAGUGGUGGAAAUAACUCUGGAGGGCAGUCCUAUUCAGACAGAGAAAAGCCUAAGCAGAUUCGAGAUAGUAACAUCACAGCAGCUAAAGCUGUCUGUGAUGCUAUUCGUACAAGUUUGGGUCCCAGAGGAAUGGACAAGAUGAUCCAGGCUGGCAAUGGUGAUGUCACUAUCACUAAUGAUGGAGCCACUAUACUCAAGCAAAUGCAAGUCUUACAUCCAGCUGCAAGAAUGUUGGUAGACUUAUCAAAAGCCCAAGAUAUUGAAGCUGGUGAUGGAACAACGUCUGUAGUUGUAAUUGCUGGCAGUCUGUUAGAUGCAGCUUCAAAACUCCUUGAUAAAGGAAUUCAUCCUACAACAAUAUCAGAAUCUUUUCAACAUGCUGCCGAGAAAGCUGUUGAAAUUUUAAAUGAAAUGUCUAUACCUGUUGAAUUAAAUGACAGAGAAAGUCUACUGAAAAGUGCUACUACAGCAUUGAGCUCAAAGAUUGUAUCUCAGCAUUCUGUGCUUCUAUCUCCUCUUGCAGUUGAUGCUGUUAUGAAAGUUAUUGAUCCUACCAAGGAUACCAAUGUUAACUUAAAAGACAUUAAAAUUAUGAAACAGUUAGGUGGGACAGUGGAUGACAUUGAAUUGAUAGAUGGGCUGCUUUUCAGGCAAAAGAGUGCAGGGCUUGGCGGAAUCAACAAAGUCGAGAAAGCUAAAAUAGGCUUGAUACAAUUCUGUGUAUCACCACCCAAAACUAAUAUGGACAAUAGGAUUGUUGUGUCAGAUUACACUCAGAUGGACAGAGUUUUAAGAGAUGAAAGAGCAUAUCUUUUAAACAUUGUGAAACAAGUAAAGAAAGCUGGAUGUAAUGUUCUGCUUAUCCAGAAAUCAAUUCUAAGGGAUGCUACAACUGAUUUAGCAUUACAUUUCUUUGCAAAAAUGAAAAUUAUGGUAAUUAGGGACAUUGAAAGAGAAGAUGUUGAAUUCAUCUGCAAGACUUUGAACUGUAGGCCAAUUGCUAGUUUAGAUCAUUUUGUUCCUGAAGCUCUUGGCUCAGCAGAACUAGUUGAAGAAUUUCAGGCUGGAGGUGUCAAAUAUGUGAAGGUUACCGGUGUUGCUAAUCCUGGAAAGACAGUGACCUUGUUUUUAAGGGGAUCAAAUAAUUUAGUUCUGGAAGAAGCUGAUCGUUCUCUUCAUGAUGCAUUAUGUGUAAUUCGAUGCUUAGUAAAAAAGAGAGCUCUAAUUGCUGGUGGUGGUGCACCUGAAAUUGAACUUUCACUUCGUUUGGCUGAGUAUUCACGGACUUUACUGGGGACAGAGGCAUACUGCGUUAGAGCUUAUGCAGACGCAUUUGAAAUUAUACCCUAUACACUGGCUGAAAAUGCUGGGCUGAAUGCCAUUGCUACUGUUACCGAGUUGCGCACAAAGCAUGCAAGAGGAGAAAAGAAUGCUGGCAUCAAUGUUCGAAAAGGGUCUGUGACUAAUAUUCUGGAAGAAAACGUUGUGCAGCCUCUUCUUGUCAGUGUUAGUGCUGUUACGUUAGCAUCUGAAACAGUUCAAACUCUAAUGAAAGUUGAUGACAUUGUAAAUGUUGUGCGAUAAAAAGAAAAUUUAAGCUAAGCGACUAGUUAAUUCUUCAUCUGCAAACUCAGUCUUCUGAUCACGUCCUUUAAAUCUCUGGGACUCAAUACUAAAUCCUAUUUUUAUUCACCUGACAUUGCUGAUAUCUUUUGUAUUGUAUCAAAGUUUGUUUUCAUUGUUUUGAACAAAAUAAAAUCUUUUCUGUCAAA